GGACAUGGAAGGACACUGAGUCACCAAACGCCGCCAUGGGCCGGAAGCCACCGCCCUAGCCUCAGCUGCAAUCUAGAGCGCGGCGUAUCCCGUGAGCCCACUGGGGACUACGACUCCCGGCAUGCUCCGCGGCCGUCGGAAUUAACCCUUCAGGGCUGGGGGGCCGCGCUGUGCACCGCCCCCUCCCCAGCCACAGACGCGGACCCCGCAGGAGAUGGGUGCCCCCAUCCGCACACUGUCCUUUGGCCACCGGACAUCAUGCCUCCCAAGAAGGAUGUUCCCGUGAAGAAACCAGCAGGGCCCUCCAUCUCCAAACCUGCUGCUAAGCCAGCAGCAGCAGCAGGGGCUCCUCCAGCCAAGAGCAAAGCUGAGCCAGCUGUCCCCCAGGCCCCUCAGAAAACCCAGGAGCCUCCAAUCGAUCUCUCCAAAGUGGUGAUCGAGUUUAACAAGGACCAGCUGGAGGAGUUCAAGGAGGCCUUCGAGCUGUUUGACCGAGUGGGGGAUGGCAAGAUCCUGUACAGCCAGUGUGGGGACGUGAUGAGGGCCCUGGGCCAGAACCCCACCAACGCCGAGGUGCUCAAGGUCCUGGGGAACCCCAAGAGUGAUGAGCUGAAGUCCCGGCGUGUGGACUUUGAAACUUUCCUGCCCAUGCUCCAGGCAGUGGCCAAGAACCGGGACCAAGGCACAUAUGAGGACUACUUGGAGGGGCUUCGUGUGUUUGACAAGGAGGGGGACGGCAAAGUCAUGGGAGCAGAGCUCAGACAUGUUCUCACCACCCUCGGUGAGGCAGGCAAGGGGGACCAGAACUACUUUAGAGUGGAGAGGGGAAUGGGGUGGGCCAGAAAAAAGACUGGCCAGAUAAGCAGAGCCAGCAGGAGGAUUACUAUCCUGCAGGUUGUCGGCAGGAGACUGAGAAGGUCAGAGCUGUGGGGGUAGAAUCUGAAGGUCUUGCUCUUCCAGAGUCUAAAGUGCCUUCCAGAGGACAGAGGAAAAGGGAUGAGGCAGGAAAUCUGAAUUUUCAUUUUGGAAGAGACGUGUGGGUUGUGUGUUCUGGUACAAGUCUCUUAACCUCCUGGAA